AUGUCUGUGUUAGUUUCAGGUUGUUUUGGUUUUAUUGCUAAACAUAUUCUACAUGAUUUAUUAAAACUAAAUUACCAAAUUAUUGGCACCGUAAGAUCACAGGAGGAACGUGAAAAACUUUUCAAGCAAUUCGGGAAUACGACAAAUCUGACUCUUGAAAUUGUAGAAGAUAUUUCCAAAAUAAAUGCUUUCGAUCAAGUAUUUCAAUUGUAUGGCAGUAGUAUACGUUACGUGUUGCAUACCGCCUCACCAUAUAAUUUAGAGGCGACUGAUUUUAGAACAGAAUUACUCAUACCUUCUCUAAAUGGAACUAAAUCAUUAUUACGAGCUAUUGAAAAAUAUGGUAUGGGUACUGUUAAAAGACUUGUACAUACAUCAAGUUAUGCUGCUAUAAUGGACUUUGAAACAGAGCGAGUUCAAGGUCAAAUUUAUACAGAAAACUCAUGGAAUUCUGAUGAUUGGGAAAAAGCACAAGAAUGUGUAAGUAGAGCCUAUAAUGGUUCUAAAGUUUUAGCAGAAAGAGAAGUUUGGCGAUUUUUCAACGAACACAAGAAUAAGACUGAACUAAAAGUCACAACUAUCAAUCCUGGAUAUGUAUUAGGUCCUCAGAUGUUUGAUGAAGAUGUGACUGAAAAAUUGAAUACUUCCUGUGAAAUAGUUAAUAAACUUAUUCAUGCAAAACCUAAUUCAAAGUUGGAUCUAUCUGAAACAUAUGGCUGCUUUAUUAAUGUUUCAGAUGUUUCAAAGGCCCAUAUAUUGGCAUUUCAAAAAGACAAGUUAAUAGGGAAACGAUUAUUAAUGUCAGCUGGAAGGUUUUCUACACAAGAUAUUCUUGAUGUAUUAAAUGCGGAGUUUCCAAUUUUAAAGGGGAAGAUACCUGUUGGAACACCUAAUACUGGUGCUCAACAUUAUAAUUUUGGAGCAACAGUAGAUAAUUCUGAGACAUGUCAUCUUUUGGGAUUUCACUUUAAGAGUUUUAGAGAUACCAUUUGUGAAAUGACAGAGCAAAUUUUAAGAGUAAAGGGAAAGAAGUAG